CCAUUUUUCUGAGUCAAACAAUUAAUUCAAUGAAAUAGGAUUUCAUUUUUCAUCAAUCAAUUCUUUUUCAUCAUCAAAUAACAAAACCCAUGAAAAAAAAAACAAAAUUUUUUUUCGAACCUAGCAUUGGGUUCGAAUGAACCCAACGGUGGUUGCUGGGUUCGAUGGGUUCUAAGGGGGAAGGGUCUUGUGCAGGGAUGGGCUGCGAUAGUUAUGGGGAUAUUAUCCGGCAGCGUUCCCUGGUUCACAAUGAUGAUAGUCCACAAGAAAUCUCCAAUUCUUCAGAAGAUUGACGAUACACUGGGCGUCUUCCACACCCACGCAGUGGCCGGUCUUCUCGGUGGCAUGCUCACAGGCCUCUUCGCGGAGCCCAAGCUGUGCGCUCUGUUUUUGCCCGUGACGAACUCGCGGGGAGGGGUUUACGGGGGCAGCGGAGGGAUGCAGCUGCUGAAGCAACUAGCAGGUGGCGCAUUCAUCAUCGGAUGGAACUUGGUGGUGACGUCCAUCAUCUGCGUGGUGAUCAACUUGGUGAUACCGUUGCGGAUGUCGGAGGAGCAGUUACUCAUCGGAGACGACGCCGUGCACGGCGAGGAGGCUUACGCCUUGUGGGGUGAUGGGGAGAAGUAUGAUUCCACCAAGCAUGGAUACUCGGAUGAUAACAACAAUAACAAGACAUCAACUGGAGCCACUCAGGUUGUGUAGAGGGCCGGCUGCCGGCGUAUCAAAAGUCAUCUUCUUUGUGUGCAUAAUUGAAUUUGAAAGGGAUUGUUCAUCAAAGCUUUGGUUAAUUAGUUACGUACACAUUAAUUACAAACCGUUAAUUAAUAUUGUAUUUUUAAUAAACAGAAGCAUGAUUCAUAGGAAGCCUAAAGUACUCUCCGCACCCCCAUCCGGUGUAUUUGUCAUUCAAAAAUUACUUGAAUUACAAUAUGCUGCCUUGUAAUUUUUGUAUAAUGGUGCACUUCAAUUUAAUUUAAAAAAAUUGAAAUUAUUGU